AUGACGAUCAGGGCAUUAGAGAAGGUUUCCGUUGGCCAGAAUGGCAUCGGUGCCUUCAUCUUGCAGUGCAGGAAAAUAGAUGUUCACUAUUGCGACUAUUCCGGAAGUUCUAGAGGAAUGAACUCCUUUAUCAAAUCCCAGCUGGCCAAAUUCGCCUCCACUCAUCCCCAGAUCGAAUUCGCCGUUUCUCCUCGACCGCGAAAACACCCCGUGCUUAUCGGCCACUAUAUCAAUGGCAAGGAAAAGGCUAUUUGCGUCAAGAAUAUGGAUUCGCUUCAGAUACUGAAGAAGCUAGAACUACUACGAGACGCGAGCGGCGAGAAAAUCAAGAAGGUCAACAAACCGGUUACUAGUAUCAGCGAGAGUGUGAGAGGAAUAUGGAGUCCUUACCACGGCACAGGCAUGACGGUAUAA